AAAGCCAAAUGUGCAAGCGUGUUUUGGCGAGUGUAGCAGGCGUGCAAUGAGUAUGUGCUGUGAAGCUGCGACUCAAAAUGCAGUGAAAUCCAGACUGACACAAAGUGUUUGUGCAAUAACUGUGCGACUAAGAGUGUCGUGAACCGUACCGAUUUAAUUUAUUUUCUCAUAUAUUUAGUAAGAGGACAUACUGUGAAGCUGCUACUCAAUAUGCAGUGAAAGCCAGACUGACACGAAGUGUUUGUGCAAUAACUGUGAGACUAAGAGUGUAGUGAACCGUACCGAUUUAUUUUAUUUUCUUAUAUAUUUAGUAAGAGUGAAACUGAAACCAUGAAGCGAAUCUCGGUCGAGAAGAUUCAGGAGCUGCAACAACGCACUCAAAACAUCCGAAACAUAUGCAUACUCGCCCAUGUGGACCAUGGAAAAACGACGCUGGCAGAUUCGUUAGUUGCUAGCAACGGCAUCAUAUCACAAAAAUUAGCCGGAAAGUUGCGCUAUCUGGACAGCAGAAAGGAUGAACAAGAACGUGGAAUCACCAUGAAGUCCAGUGCAAUCACACUUUACUAUCCCAAACGAGCUUUGCUAGUCAACCUUAUAGACUCACCUGGCCAUGUUGAUUUCACCAGUGAGGUCAUGGCAGCUGUUCAACUCUGUGAUGGUGCUGUCAUUGUUGUUGACGUUGUAGAAGGUGUCUGUGCACAGACUAAAGUUGCCCUGAAUCUCGCUUAUUCUGAAAACCUAAAGCCACUGUUGGUACUGAACAAGAUAGAUCGCCUUAUCCUCGAGAAAAAAAUGGCACCUCUGGAUGCAUAUAUACACCUCCAACAGAUCCUUGAACAGGUGAAUGCUGUUGUUGGGGAGCUUUUUGCUGCAGAUGUGCUGGAGAAAACGUCGAAUGAAAUAUCCGUGGAUAAUCCCACAGAGAAAUUUGAUGAUGCCUCAGUGUUUGACUGGACGAGUGGUCUUGAUGAUGCUGAUGACUCCACGCUGUACUUUUCCCCAGAACAAGGAAAUGUUGUGUUCGCCAGUGCUUUUGAUGGCUGGGGAUUCAGUACAUCCCAGUUCGCUCAGUUGUAUGCUGAGAAGUUGGGCAUGAAGAGACAAGUUCUCGAGAAAACUCUUUGGGGAGAUUACUACAUUAAUGUCAAGGCUAAGCGAAUCUUCAAAGGUGCUCAGGCCAAAUGCAAGAAGCCCCUGUUUGCCCAGCUGAUUCUAGAGAACCUCUGGGAGGUGUACGAUGCUGUCUUCUGUAGACGUGACAAGGCGGCCAUGGAGAAAAUUGUCAAGUCCCUUGGUGUGACGCUAACAGCACGAGAUGCUCGGCACAAUGACCCUCGUGUCCAGCUUCAAGCGUUGUGCUCACAGUGGCUACCACUGGCUGAUGCUUUCUUAGAAAUGACGAUACUGAUUCCAAGUCCUGCUGAGCUUCCAGAAGCAAGAGUUGAGUCCCUGAUGUGUCCUCCAUCACGCUCAUUUGAUUCCCUUCCGGAUGAGACACGCAAGCUGAAAAAAGCUUUUCUAGAUUGCUCACCAUGUGAUGAAGCCCCAGUGAUCGUCUGCAUCUCCAAAAUGGUAGCAGUGGAGAGAAAACAGCUUCCUGAAAACAGAACAAGGGUGCUCAGUCUUGAAGAGAUUGCUCAGCGAAGGGAGCAGGCUCGGCAGCGUCAUGCAGAGCGAAUGGCCUUAGCGGCAGUGGACUCGGUUACAACACCUGAUGCUCAGAAGAAUGGCGAUGAUGCAGUUCAGGAAGACGAUGUUUCUCAGGAGAGUGACGAGGACGACUCUACAUUCAUAGCAUUUGGCCGCGUGUUCAGUGGCACGCUGAAACGUGGCCAGCAAGUAUAUGUGCUUGGCCCAAAGCAUGAUCCUGGGAAAUUCCUUGAGAAGGCUGCAACUGUUGAUCCUGCUCUGAGGCUGAAGGACUUAGGCCCAGAAGAACAUGUCACCGUAGCAACUGUAGAGAAGCUUUAUCUGCUUAUGGGAAGGGAACUGGAGCAGCUGAACUGUGUUCCUGCAGGGAAUAUUCUUGGCAUAGGCGGCCUUGAGGAACAUGUGCUGCGCACGGCCACACUGUCCAGUUGUGCAGCCUGUGCCCCUUUUGCGGACAUGCGGGGCCCAGUGACACCUAUCCUGCGGGUGGCCCUUGAGCCGCGGCGUCUAGCUGACAUGGCCACCUUGGUGCGAGGCCUCAAGCUGCUGCACCAGGCUGACCCCUGUGUCCAGGUGCUUCUCCAGGAGACAGGCGAGCAUGUGCUACUAACCGCCGGGGAGGUGCACCUGGAGCGAUGCCUGAACGACCUCACUGAGAGGUUUGCCAAAGUGGAAAUCAAUGUGUCAGACCCCAUUGUGCCCUUUCGUGAGACCAUUGUGGAACCACCCAAAGUGGACAUGGUGAAUGAGGCUAUAGAGGACAAGAAUGCCAUACAGAAGGCACCAAAGGAUGAGGCCGAUGACAGUGUUGCAGAGGAUGGGACUGUAACAAUAUUCACUCCAAACCGUCAAGUUGCAAUCAAACUGCGAGCGGAAUCACUACCACAGGAGGUCACAGAGCUGCUCGAGAAGCACACAUCACUCAUCCGAGACUAUGAUCAGGCAUUGUCUAGCCAGAAGCUGCCAGAAUCUCUGGCAAAGAACAUUACUGAACUUCAAAGGAACUUGGCCAAGGCAUUUACAGAUGCCGGUUGGCCGGAUGAGACAAUAGAUCAAAUUUGGUCUGUUGGCCCACGUAGGUGUGGGCCCAAUGUGCUUCUUAAUAGGAUUCCUAGGUUUAAAAGAACUGCAGUGUUUCAACAAGGCCUGCAGCGCACCACUUUAGUUAGGCAGGAGGAGGGUGAUGUAGCCUUUACAGGCAUGGAAGCUUUGCAGCUAACUCAUACUGACGACAGCAGUUCUCCGGCAGGUUUGGAGCCACACGUGCAGUCGAAGAGCAGUCACAUAUGUGAAUAUGGUGGUGGUAGUGGUGGUGACAAACGAGACAACAAGCACAACCUUAAGUCUUCUCCAGGCCCCCUCUCAAACGGAGUUAAGACGUUGGCCGACUAUGAUCACAGUUUUGUGAGUGGCUUCCAAAUGGCCACACUGAUGGGCCCCCUGUGCCAAGAGCCAAUGAUGGGCGUUGCGUUUGUGGUGGAUCAGUGGGAUUUGGACCUGUCUGUGGAAGAUCCAGGGACUUACGGACCACUCUCUGGCCAGAUCAUCUCAACUGUCAAAGAGGGCUGUAGACGUGCGUUUCAGGCCCAGCCUCAACGGCUCCUCUGUGCCAUGUACAGCUGCACCAUCCAGGCCACUUCAGACGCACUUCGUGAGUGUUCCACCCAAAUUCUUCUCUAUGUCUCAUCCUAAAUCAAUGCAUUGUGA